UGGCGGACAAAGGACGAAUAUUUUUAUUUUGCUCUUUUUAGCGAUUAAUUUUGCGUUGUUUUAAAAUAUUUUGCGUCAAAAAAGGGUCAUGUCUUCGAAAGUAAAAUCGUACGAAAGUGGAGUACUCGAAAAUCAAUUCAUUCUUCGUUUGCCACAGAAACAAGCUGACUUUGUAAGGAAUGCUCUCACAGCUGGAACACUAAAGGACAAGCUAUCCAUCGAGUUUCAAGCCGAUAACAGAUAUGCCACUGUUCGAGUCAAUGGAGAGGCCCUUUCAAGUAAGCUUGUUGAUCUGCCUUGUUUAAUUGAAUCACAUAAAACACUGGACUGCAAAAGCUUCUACAAAACAGCUGAUGUUUGUCAGCUCUUGGUGUGUUCCAAUGGCGAUCAUGACAGUCCAGAAGAUGAAAACAAACAUCACAAAAAAGAAUCCAAGAAAUUCAUCUGGAACCAUGGAAUUACACCACCUCUCAAAAAUGGAAGAAAAAGAAGAUUCAGAAAAAUGGCAAAGAAAAAGGUAUCAGAAUCUCCAGAAAUAGAAAAAGAAGUCAAAAGAUUAUUGAGGACAGAUUUGAGUGCUACUACUGUCACAUUUGAAGUCCUGAACGACGAAGAAAAACCUGACGAUUCUCAAAACAUAAACCUACCCACAGAUGCAGAGCUGUCCGUAAACUCACUGUCUUUAAGGAAUGAUGAUCUAUCACAGAUGACAACGGCUAGUGAUGAUGAAGAAAGGAACGAACUYUUUAAACUUCUCCAGGAGGCAAGCAGUGAUGAAGAUGAAGAAGACGACCAGGAUCAAAGUCAAGAAAAUUAUGAUGAUGAUGUUGAUGUGGAAGGAGAUGAUAAUGAUGAAUUUGACGAGGGAUUGAAAUCCCAGCUGGAGGAUGCCAGGGAAAAACUUGAAGAAAUAAGAAGUUCCAAAGCUCAACAAAUAGCAAGAGUCAGUGGAGCAGCUAAUCCAUUUUUAAAGGAACGGUUUCAGAAGAUUUUAGAGRAUAUCUUACGACAAGAAAAAGAACAGGAAGAAGAGCUCGAAAAACUUGAGAAUGAACUUAAAGAAACAAGCUGAAUUCUACGCUCCAUCCAACAAUUGACUCRUCUACAUGUAUUGAUGAAAGUUUUGGCAAAGAUGAUGCAGCAGAUGAUAUACUGAGAUGACUCCAGUGGUCGGUG